AUGCUCCAAGAGGUUGGGGGCCCUGUUCCUCCAAAUACUGACCAUGCAGUCAGUGUAUCACUACCAACAUGGACUGCGAAUGUGGCCUACGAAGAAGGAGAGCCAUGGAUCGUGAAGAAGAUGCAGUGUGGCUACCCACGAUUCUUUACCCAUCCAAUUAUACAGGAACUUGCAAGGGAAGUUGUGGAUCUUCAUGGGAACCCUGAGGCAGAGGCGGCCACCUUGUUCCCUACACCAAAGACCGCAAAUGUCUGCCACUCUUUCAUGAUCUCGAGGAUACCUUCCCAAGAAUCAGACAAAGUCAGGGUCGUCAAUUUUGUCCCAGCCCAUCACACUGACUCUCAAUCGCCGACAAUUAUGUCGCUUCUGUCGUGCGUUAUAUACCCGAAGCAAUAUGCCCCUAUCGCCAAACAAGUAUGGCAACACAGUGGAAACGGGAUAUCCAGUCGUCGGGGCGAAUUCUGUCUGAGCGCGCUUAGAGAUGGAUUCUUGAUCGAAGAUAAGAAGUCUGUAAAGGUUGACCAGUCCUCGCAACAAUAUUUCAAAGGUCCACGGCGCUAUCAGGGGAGAGGCUCAGGAAACGGGGUAGGUCGAGGAGGGGCGCAACAUAAUGCGACACCCAGUUCCGUGACGAAAUCCAAUGCAAUACAGGAUGGUCAGGAAUAUGGUCAAUUCAUUGAGGAACGUUUUGGGAGAAAUUUGAGUGUCUCGCUGGCAGAUCAAGCAAAGCUGGCCGUACGCAGACGGAUCGCAGGUGUGCUUACUGCUGAUGUUGAAUUGGCGGAUGCUCUUGAGGAGAUCUCAGGAGAAGCCAGAGUAGCAGGAUUGACAGAGUCUGAUGUCUUUCUCUUCCCUACCGGUAUGAGCUCAAUAUUCAACACUCACCAGAUGCUUCUCGUUGCAAAAGGCCCGAUGAAAAGCAUUUGCUUCGGAUUUCCCUACAUAGACACACUGAAGACACUUGAGAAAUGGGGUCCUGGGUGCUUGUUCUACGGCCACGGUUCCUCGGAGGAUCUAGACGAUCUAGAAUCCCGACUAAAGAAUGGUGAAAGAUUUCUGGCACUCUUUACCGAAUUUCCUGGAAAUCCGUUGCUCAAAUCACCCGACUUGAGGAGAAUACAUGCUCUUGCGCAAGAAUAUGAUUUUGCAGUCGUGGUGGAUGAGACAGUGGGCAAUUUCUUGAAUAUCAAUGUGCUCCCGUACGCAGACAUUGUUGUCAGCAGUCUUACAAAGGUCUUCAGUGGAGACAGCAAUGUUAUGGGGGGAAGUUCUGUGCUUAAUCCGCAUGGCCGCUACUAUCAAAGUCUUCGAGACACGUUCAGUCGCGAAUACGAGGAUAACCUCUGGGCGGAAGACGCCGUCUUUCUGGAAAGGAACAGUCGUGACUUCGUGUCUCGAAUUGAGAAAAUCAACAAAACCACCGAAGAUGUCACGGCCUUGUUGAAGAAUUCUCCACUUGUAAAAAAUGUCUACUAUCCUAAGUACAACCCUUCCAGAUCCUUCUACGAGGCGUGCCGUAAUCCUUGUGGCGGCUAUGGCGGUCUGUUUUCCGUAACGUUUCGUUGCACCGCUGAAGCAAUCGCCUUCUUCGAUCACCUUGAUGUUCUCAAGGGUCCUAGUCUUGGAACAAAUUUCACGCUCAGUUCACCAUAUACCUUACUUGCACACUAUAACGAACUUGAAUGGGCUGGUUCCUUCGGCGUCGAAUCUGACCUGGUAAGAAUAAGCGUCGGUUUGGAGGAUGCAUCCGUUCUUUGCGACCAGGUCCAACGUGCCUUGGGCGCUGUUAGCCAGAUUAGGGCGUAG